UGAUGUUGAUGAUGCUGCCGGAGCCGUUUUUUUUAUGCUUGCUCUCUUCUAGUCUGCUGCUCCAAACGCUGUCUUUCCAUAUUGAGUUCUCCUUGGCGACGAAGCUCAGCCAGUUGUUCGGCAUCCCAUGUCUCUCUCAUAAUUCUAUUCUUUUCGAUACGAGCAUUGACCAGCUGAACAGUGCCGACCCCGAGGUAAACUUUUAUAAGAAUAAAGAAGUCAAAAGAAAGGAUAACAUAUGGGUGAGAAGGACUUUGGACUGAUGGACUCAUUAACCUCUUGGUUCAUGUUUCCUGGUAAAACUCCAUUCCUUUUGAUCUAGUGUCUUCCUGCGAGUCCAAAGCUUUGUUUUUCCUUAUCAUUAUCAUUAUAUAAAUAGUUUUCUACCUGUUGCGCUGAAAAGUCCGACAAUGAAAGCACGAUGAGCAAAGUCGGCUAGUUUAGUGGCGGUGGUCAUGGUUUUCUUGUUUCGAGUGUUGUGGUGUUUGUAAG